AUGGCAGUUUCGGAGGGGUUCCAAGCCAUGUUGCCACAAGUAAUCACAGAUCUCGAAGAGGACCUCACGUCCAGGAAAACGCCCAAGGAGCAUAUCGAUCGAAUUCUUCACUGCCUACAUACGAAUGUUCAGGGCGGGAAGCUCAAUCGAGGCCUCAUGGUCGUCCAUACCGCCCGUUGCCUGGUCCAGAGGCCCCUCAGCGACGAGGAGUUCCAGCAGCUCAGCAUCCUGGGCUGGCUGACAGAAAUGUUUCAGGCGGUGUACCUGAUCUGGGACGAUAUUAUGGAUAGCUCUCAGUAUCGCAGGGGGCAGCCUUGCUGGUAUCGACAAGAAGGAGUCGGCUUGAUGGCAAUCAACGAUGCGGCACUGAUUCGAUCAUCGAUAUAUAUCAUCUUGCGGAAGAAUUUGCGCAACCACCCUGACUACGGCGAGAUCCUUGAGCUUUUCAGGGAGGCUGCUUUCCGGACGGAACUCGGGCAGUUGUGCGAUAUGAAUGUGAGCAGCGCUGACAACCUCGCCAGAAUGACCCCUGAAGCGUACUACUUCAUUGCGGAAAAUAAGACUGCCUUUUACAGUUUCUUUCUGCCCGUGGCUCUUGCGUUGCGAUAUGUGGGACAGGCUACUGGUGAAAACCUGACCAUCACCCAAGAUAUCCUGUUCGAAGUUGGGAAAUAUUUCCAAAUUCAAGAUGACUACCUUGACGUCUACGGGGAUCCGGCUGUGACCGGGAAAACCGGAACCGACAUCCAGGACAACAAAUGCUCAUGGAUGAUUAUCCAGGCGAUGGAGCACGGGGACCCGGAACAGAAGGCUCUCUUGAGCCUUUCGUACGGCAAGGAGGGCUCGGGCGAGGAGCGCCGAAUCAAAGACCUAUUCCAGGAUAUAGGCAUGGAGGAAAUAUUCAGGGAUUUCGAAGAAGCGAAAAUAGAGACCCUGCGAAGAAGGAUCAGUGAAACUGCGAGAUUAUGGGGCACAACCCAUGGCGGAAGGGAUGACCUGGGUGGAAAUCGCGCGAUUGACCUCUUUGGUCCAUUAAUUCUGGAAGAUCACUCCACUGAGACCAACGCCAAAAGCGGUACUGAGACUGCGCGUCUGGACGGCGAAGAUGGGCGACGGGAACGUUAA